GCGCUGGUUAUGAUGCAUGAUGGAUUUUGAAAGAGUCAGUUUUUCAAUUCAAAGACUCAAUAAGGAUUCAAUGGAAAAAGGAAAUAUCCGCCUACAACAUUUGACAGGCCAAAUUAAUUCUAUUUUACAGUCCGACUUAUUCGCUAGAUGUUAUGAUAUAGUAAAUGUCAUUCAUUUUCAUCCAGUAACAGAUGACUUAGACGCUUUCAUACCGAACGCGAAUAUCAAUGAAACUCAGACAGGUUUACCACCAUUUUCCAUGGAGCAGCUUAAAAAAAGAAUCGUAAAUUUACACCUACCCUAUGGCACAAGUGUAUUCAGCCUCCAGUUACCCAAUUAUCAGCCUCGAUUUGGAUAUCGAAGAUCAGGAAUAGUUCUCCGACAGGCUGUGAUCAAAGGAGAAGUAGAAAGUUUGUUCAUUGCAGGUGUAGAACAUGGUAGUCCAGCAAGCAAUGCAGUGGAUCUACAUAUGGGUGAUUGCAUAUAUGCAAUAUCUGGUUAUCCAUUAGACUGGCAUACAUUAGAACAAUUGAGACAUAAAUUAAUUGAACUAGAUGGGCUGUCACCGAAUUCCAAUAUCUACGACUUGGCAACUUAUCUGCUUAAUAGACCAUAUCAAAAUAUUGGAGUUCCUGGAGAUCAUCAUGGAUUACAUAAUAAUGGAAUGUUUAAGGUUACUAGUGAUAUUCCGGAUUCCGUAACUCUAGAACCACCAGUGCUUGUUCUUUUUCGUUAUCCAAAGACAAAUUUGUCAUGGUCCAAUGAAGUUAAAAGGAAUGAAAUAACGGAACCAAAGAAUGUUGUCAAAAAAGGUGAAGUUAGAUAUUAUGAAACAGUGCUUGAAAAUAGUUCAGACGACACAGGAUUAGGUUUACAAAUCGGAUGUGACCAAGAUGAAAAAGGAAUCUUAAUUGUCUCCAUAUUCAAAAAUAGUCAAGCUGAACGAGAUGGUGUUUUGAGAGAAGGAGAUCAUAUAGUCGAGGUAAAUUACCAAAACCUCGAAGGUCUGGAAGCCAAACAAGCCUUAAAGAAAGUCAAAAGCAUAUGUCGAAAUGCAAAGUUCGUACACAUUAAGUGUUCCAGAAAUUUGAAAACGGAUGACUAUGAAUUCAUGUUUCCAUGUGAUAAUGAAGAAAAGCAGUCUGAAGAUAGAGAUGUGGUAAAUGACAGCAGUCAGGAAAUGAUAAGCACUGAAGAUUGCAAUAAAGGUGACAGUACUGAAAGAGAUGCAGUUACAAGCCCAGAUCCUCCAGAGAAAUCUUUACAUAGUCUUCAAAGUGGUUCUGUUUCUCCAGCUGACUCAAAUUACAAUGAACUGAGCAAAAAUAGUCAAGAAUAUAAAAGCGUCAUGGAUACCGACGAUGAUGAAAAUAUUCUAAUUAAAUGGAUGGAUAUGUUUGAUCCUGAUGUCAAAAUACUGGAAAAACGAUGGGUAGAAAGAUAUGGCAUUUUUCAAAGUAAAGUCAUGCAUGAUUUGGAUACAAAGCAACCAAAAUUAUCAAGCACAAAACAGAAGCUAAAUAAUUAGGAAUUUAUGGUAGAGAAUAGCAAUGAUUCCGUGCAACAACAGCGACUUACAAAUUGUUAUGCACAAAUUUUCAAACGAAAGUAACAGACAGUUUAGCCUCCAAUCAGCUCAGAGAUGAAGUACUAAAUAUUAAUGUAAAUAUAGAAUUCGGGCACUGUGUUGUGAUGUGAUUCCAUAUUAGAUCUGUUCAUUUAACAUUGCACGCAUCGAUACGGGUUAUUUAUCAGAUAACGUUUCGAGAAGACAAAAGUUAAUUUACCAACACCUUACAAUGAUCGUGAGGCCAAGUACAUUGGUCAAACCAGUCGAAUGGGGUCACUCAGGGUAACACAAAAUAGGAACCUAGCUAAGUCUAGAACGUCAAAACCUAUUGAGACGAGUAAUUUACAGAAGAAUCUAGUCACAUAUGUAUACAAAUACAUACAACCACAAAAUAAUUUGGAGGAGAGGAACAGCCAUGAAAGCCAAUAGAGCUAAUUAGAGAAUGAGGUCGAUCACUUAAUCCCUAUUCAUAUACUAAACACCAAACACUUACAAUAGGAAUGAUACAACACCGAUUUCACAUAUAAUGAAAAUCCAACUACCAAUUAAACCAAAUUAUGCAAAGCAGUAGAACUUUAAAACUGGGGCAGAAAGUCGUGUGAUUACUUUGAAAUGAAUAUGAGCAGUAAAUUGUGCUCGAAACGUUAUAUACUAAAUAUUACUACAAUCACUGUGUGCUAUAUAAAAUAUACUAAACCAAUAUGGAUUUACUGAAUGUUGUUUUCAAAAAGAGAAAUGCUCUUAAUGUUUGAAAAGACUGAAAGUCAUGCAUUGAUUCGUGAAUGUUACCACUAGUAUGUAUAUAUUCUGCCUUUCUGAUAUCUUGGAAGUUAAUGAUAUUUGGCUGUUCAUUCAGUUACCUAUCCGUUAGUAACUUAUCAUGACACUUUAAACUAUAUAUUGGCAGAAUAUUACAAGAGGGUGGAGGAUUUCUACUAAGAUCAAGCUCUUCUAAAGUAAUGAACUACUACAAAUGCCAACCCUACGACAAAACCAGGAGUAUUGAUUUCAAGUAAGCAGCAAAUAAAAUAUCUAUGACACCUGAUAUGAAUAUGGACAAUAAAUUGUGUCCGAAACGUUAUCCACUAAAUCCUACUGUUUCACUGUGUGAUAUUUCUAACAGACACACUAAAAUGGAAUUACAAUCGACCACAGUGCCCAAGUUUUACUCUUAUACUCCGCUAAACAAUUAUGAAGAACUGAAAACAUAUUUCAAAUGACAACUUACAUUGAACAUAGCAGUCAUUUUGA